CCGUUGAAACCUAAAAUGAGACUGGGAACAGCGUAAGUCUUAGGAAUCGAGUGAGCCCAAUUGCAUAAACCCUAAAAAACUUGAACCAGUAGAAACAAUGGUGGGAGGGUUGAAAGCGUUGACAGAGAGAUCAGACGCUGGCACACCUCUUCUGGACACUGCAAACGGCGAGGAGCUUAAGCACGUGCAGCCUAACGUCUCCAUUGUUCUUGGCAACCGCUCACCGGAAUCUUCUGGAACUCUCUACAUCUCCACCAAGCAAGUAGUCUGGUUGAGCGAUACGGAGAGGACGAAAGGCUAUUCGGUUGAUUUCUUAUCUCUGUCGCUUCAUGCGGUUUCUAGAGAUCCAGAAGCAUUUGAAUCUCCGUGCUUGUAUACACAGAUUGACACCGGAGAUGAAGGGGAUGAAUCAGAAAGCUGUGAUUCAGAAUCAAGCGAGACACUGGAUUUGUCAAAGAUCACCGAGAUGAGGCUUGUACCUUCAGAUCCUAGCCAAUUGGAUACUAUUUUCAACAUAUUCUGUGAAUGUGCAGAGUUAAAUCCUGAACCCGUUGAAGGACAAGAGGAGGAAGAACAGCACAAUUGGAUUUUUAGUGCUGAUCAGUUGGGAGCUGCAAUUGACGGAGAUGGCUUGGAGUGGGAUGACUCGCAAAUUCCUUUCACAAUUGGUUAUGCAAAUGGAGAUCAUGACCUUGCUAGCAGCGUGCUUGAGCUUCAAAUCAAUGAUCAACGGUUUGAGGAUGCUGAAGAGAUGGAGAGUGAAAAUAGUGAUGAUCGUCAUCAAUGAACAUCACAAUUUACUUGCAUUGCUACUUCUAAAGGGUGUUAUGGUCAUUUCAACGAGUCAAGUUUGCGCCUUUUGCAAAUAUGUUGCAGCGUUUGGUGGUAAUUCAAACUCUUUGUUACGCUUGUUUGCUUUUUACAGUUUCAGGCAUUGCGACAUUGGUCGGUAUUUCAUUGAUGUAAACAUAUUUUACUUGUUUGUUGAUUUUGGUAGGAGACUAGUUGUAAAUCUCUCAUCUCAAGCCAUACAAAGUGUCUUGAUAUAA